AUGGAUAGAGUGAACCGGGUUUUAAACAUCGUAAGACAGAUGUCUCCCAGGAAAAGGGAAAGAGGGUCUCAUUGGGAGGCAGAAAGCCCGGAGACCUGCGAGGAGAGUCUGUGCUCUCUCAGCCUUUGCAUCAGCGAUGAUGGGCCAUACUCUAAGGGGAACAAGGACUCAACGGGGCCAGACAACUCGCUCACAUCCAGAAGACAAAGCAUCCCAGAACUGCGUGGGGUUACACUGGUUGAGCUGAUUAAGAAGGAAGGAAGCACUUUAGGUCUCACCAUCUCGGGCGGAACAGACAAGGACGGCAAACCACGCGUCUCCAACCUGCGGCCGGGUGGACUGGCGGCUAGGAGCGAUCAGCUCAAUGUGGGCGACUACAUCAAGUCAGUCAAUGGCAUCAACUUGACCAAGCUGCGUCACGACGAGAUCAUCAGUCUGCUAAAAAACGUAGGCGAGCGCGUCGUGCUGGAAGUGGAGUAUGAACUGCCUUCACCUGCGCCAGACAGUACCUCAGGUGUUAUUUCCAAGACAAUCGAGAUCUGUUUGCAGAAAGAGGGCAACAGUUUCGGCUUUGUUAUGCGAGGUGGAUCCCAUGAGGACUGGCACAGAUCUCGUCCUUUGGUGGUCACACACGUCCGACCAGGUGGUCCUGCUGACAGGGAAGGGACUCUAAAAGCAGGCGAUCGGAUCUUAAGUGUGGAUGGUGUGGUUUUACACAGUGCCACUCUGAGCGAUGCUCUUACAGUACUGACUCAGUGUGGCCAGGAGGCUCUGUUCCAGAUCGAGUACGACGUCUCCAUCAUGGACUCGGUGACAAACGCUUCAGGUCCUCUGCUGGUGGAGAUUGCCAAGGCACCUGGAGCCAGUCUAGGAAUCACUCUGACCACUGCCAUGCACAGGAACAAACAGGCCAUCGUCAUCGACAAGAUCAAGCCCGCCAGUGUGGUGGACAGGUCCGGAGCGUUACACGUGGGUGAUCAUAUCCUGUCUAUAGACGGCACCAGCACAGAGCACUGCUCCGUCCUGGAGGCCACGCAGCUGCUGGCCAGCACUACUGAUCAGACCAAACUAGAGAUCCUCCCCGCACACCAAACACGCCUGCCCGGGAAACCCCAGGACACUGCGGUAGUCUGCACUAACUUCUCUCCUGGGUCCACUACCACAUCAGGCAUGACCAGCCAGGGUUCCAGCACGCUGCCCCGGGCCGCUCCUCCCAUGAGCCCACGAAACUCCAUGCUAAAGAGACGACAAAGGAAAAAAGAGCACAAAAGCUCCUCUGUGUCUUUAGCCUCAAGUUCUGUGGGCCCUGGUGGUCAGAUCAUCCACACCGAGUCCAGUGAAGUCACUCUGAGAGGAGACCCUCUAAAUGGGUUUGGCGUUCAGCUGCAAGGUGGAAUAUUUGCGACAGAGACCCUCUCUGCACCCCCUCUUAUCCGCUUUAUAGAACCGGACAGCUCGGCCGAAAGGUGUGGGCUUCUCCAGGUUGGAGACAGAGUCUUAUCCAUCAACGGAAUUCCUACAGAAGACGGAACGCUGGAAGAAGCCAAUCAGCUGCUCCGGGAUGCUGCUCUGGCCAAUAAGGUCACGCUAGAGAUUGAGUUUGAUGUAGCAGAAUCUGUUGUGCCUAGCAGUGGAACAUUUCAUGUGAAGCUGCAGAAGAAACGAGGUGUGGAACUGGGCAUCACAAUCAGUGCCAGUAAGAAACCAGGAGAGCCUCUUAUCAUAUCUGACAUUAAAAAAGGCAGCAUGGCACACAGAACAGGAACUCUGGAACCCGGAGACAAGCUGCUGGCCAUAGAUAACAUCCGUCUGGAGAACUGCUCCAUGGAGGAUGCCGUCCAGAUCCUCCAGCAGAGUGAAGACCUGGUCAAACUCAAAAUCCGCAAGGAUGAGGACAACUCAGACGAGCAGGAGUCGUCCGGCUCCAUCAUCUACACGGUGGAGCUGAAGCGCUACGGCGGCCCGCUGGGCAUCACCAUCUCCGGCACCGAGGAGCCCUUCGACCCCAUCAUCAUCUCAGGCCUGACCAAGAGGGGUCUCGCUGAGAGGACUGGAGCCAUUCACGUUGGCGACCGUAUUCUGGCCAUCAACAGCGUCAGUCUGAAGGGGAAGCCGCUCAGUGAAGCCAUACACCUGCUGCAGAUGGCAGGAGAAACUGUCACCCUCAAGAUCAAGAAACAGACCGACACUCCAGAUGAUAAAAAUAAAGAGAAUGAUCUGGAUAACGAGCUCAGCGAUAACGAGGAUGAGAUGACCGACUCGCAGAAGACCAAUAAACUGUCGGAUAUUUAUUCCACCACCAUCCCCAGCGUGGAUUCGGCCAUGGAGUCGUGGGACGGCUCGGGAAUCGACGGCGGUUACAGCAGCCAAGGUGCCUACACCCAUCAGGCCGCUGGGAUUGCGCUACACCCUCACGAGUGGCGUAACAGCAAGCAGAGGAACAGCACACCUCCUCCGUCCCGCCGCAAAAACUACCCCUUCAGUGAUGGAGGAUUCAGUGAAGACGACUGGGACAAAGCUGCCGGAUACAGCAGCCAGCCGCAUACCGACGGCCUCAUGAUGGAGCAGGAGGACAGUUUCUGGUGCCAGGCCCUGGAAGACCUGGAGACCUGUGGCCAGUCCGAGCUCCUGCGCGAGAUCGAGGCAUCAAUAAUGACCGGCAGUGCCCUGAGUUUGGGUGUAGAGGGGGGAAAGGCCCACGGCGAGACGGUCAACCAACCUCACCUCAGCCCUCUGAGAAAAGCCCCGCAUCUCCUCAACGAAACCAAGAACAAGAGCACGCUUCGUAUGUCCGAGAAGACCUGGGAGUCACGGAGGAUCAAAGAAGAGAUCCAGGACAUCCUGUCGCCCACACCGUUUGAGCUGCACAAGGUGACUGUGAUGAAAGACCCAGAGAGCGAUGACUUUGGAUUCAGCGUAUCGGACGGUUUCUUGGAAAAGGGUGUUUACGUGAACAUGAUCAGACCUGAAGGUCCAGCGGACCGUGCUGGACUCAAACCGUACGACAGGAUCCUUCAGGUGAACCAUGUGCGGACGCGAGAUUUCGACUGCUGCUUAGCUGUGCCCCUCAUCACAGAGGCCGGAGACAAACUUGAGCUGGUGAUUAGCCGAAACCCAUUAGCACAGCCGGGUGUCGCCCUGCCCCACGACUGCCAUCCACACUUCAACCCCGUAGGCCAUUCCCGUGAGCACCAGACCAGCACGCUGGACCUGUGACCAUUGGGUAACUCAGACUAUGACCACACUGGACCAUUUCUUGCAACAGACUAUCAGAAGGAGCCAUGAUUCACUGGUUUCAUUACAAAACUCAAAUGAACUGAAAUAUCCAGAUUAUAAGGAGUGAAACUGUACAACAAAAGAUUUGAGCCAGUUUUCAGUACAAAACUCGAAAGGAUCUGAGCCAGUUUUUUUAAAAACAGAACAAAACAAAACAAAAAAAUAUUGGACUACUACAAUGCAUACACCAUACAUGGACUUCACCCAUCAAAACAUUUUUAUUUUUAUUUUCUUUACUAUGGAGCCUAGCACAUGAUAUGGGGGCAAAAAUAUUAAUAUAAUGGCCACAAAAUAAGAAUUCAUUCUCAUGACUUAAAUAUUUUUCUAGUUUUCGUAAAUUGUGGCCACAUUGUACUGAUUUGUUUCUUUGUUUUUUGUAAAUCGUUGUCACAUUGUACUGAUUUGUUUCCUCAUUUUAGUAAAUUGUGACCACAUUGUAAUGACUCGUUCCCUAGUUCAAGUAAAUCGUGGCCAUGCUGUACUGAUUCAUUCCUUUCUUUCAGCAAAUUGUGGCUACAUUGUACUGAUUCAUUCCUUUAUUUUUGUAAAUUGUGGCCACGUUGUAUUGAUUCGUUCCCUCGUUUUAGUAAAUCGUGGCCAUGUUGUACUGAUUCGUUCCCUCGUUUUAGUAAAUCGUGGCCACGUUGUACUGAUUCGUUCCCUCGUUUCUGCAAAUCAUACUCGCAGGGAAUGUACUGAUUCAUUCCCUCGUUUUAGUAAAGCAUGGCCACAUUGUACAGAUUUGUUACCUCAUUUUCAUAAAUCAUGGUCACGUUGUACUGAUUCGUUCCCUUGUUUUAGUAAAUCGUAGUCACAUUGUACUGAUUCAUUCCCUCGUUUUAGUAAAGCUUGGUCACAUUGUA